GGUUAAGCGCGGCUGUGACGCGGGCCCCGUCCCCGCCCACGGGCUGCCCGCAGGAGCUGUCAGCGGCCCCGGUGCGGCGCUGUCGCGGCGCUGUCGCGGCGCUGUCGCGGCGCUGUCGCGGCGCUGUCGCGGUGUCGCGGCCAUGGCGGGGCUGCUGCCGGCGCUGGUGGCGGUGUCGCAGAAGGCGGCGGAGGUGGCGCGGCUGUGCCGGGCGGAGGAGCCGCUCUUCCGGCUCCUGGUGGCCGAGAAGACGGGCCCCGAGCGCAACGCCCGCUUCCUGCGGGACUUCAAGACCCUGGCGGAUGUCCUGAUCCAGGAGGUCAUCAAGCACGACCUGGGGACACAGUUCCCCGAGCUCCGGGGGCACAUCCAUGGGGAGGAGUCCAGCGAGUUCAGGGACGUGCAGGGUGGCACGGUGACAGUGCGGGUCUGUGCCACCCCGGGGGACACGGCGGCCCUGCUGCUGGCCGUGCUGGGCCCCGAGCAGACGAGGGCGGCCGAGCUGCUGGCAGAGGCCGUGCACCAGGAGGUGACACUUGGGGACACGGAGCUGGACGGCGUCGACCCCGGAGUGUCCCCAGGGGACGUGGGAAUCUGGAUAGACCCCAUUGACUCCACCAACGAGUUCAUCGGGGGGCGCGAGGACGUGGCCGCCAUCGAUGGCAUCGCGCCCGGGGGGCUGCGCUCGGCCCUGGUGCUCGUGGGGGCCUUCGACCGCCACAGCGGGGUCCCCGUGCUGGGGGUCAUCAACGAGCCCUUCUUCCAGCGGGACCCCCAGACCCACAGGUGGCGGGGUCGCUACCACUGGGGGGGUGGCGCACGGCGACACGCGGCUGUGCUCGCUGUCCCCUCCGGUCCCGCGGCCGCGUCCCCCGUGGUGCUGAGCCGGGCCGAGGGCGCGGCGGUGCGGGGGGCUCUGGGCUCCCUGGGCGGGGGUCCCCCGCUCUUCGCCGCCGGGGCCGGUUACAAACUGCUGUGCGUGGCGCUGGGGCUGGCGGACGCCUUCGUGCUGUCGCAGGCCACCACGUUCGCCUGGGACUCGUGUGCCCCGCACGCCAUCCUGCGCGCCCUGGGCGGCGGCGUGGUGGCCUUGGAGGGGGCGCUGCGGGCACGGCGGGAGGGGGGCACCGGGGAGCCCCCCGAGCUGCUCUACCACCGGCCGGACCCGGGCCGGACCGGGCCCGAGCGCUGGGCCAACCGCGGGGGGCUCGUGGCCUUCGUGCACCCCCCGCACCUGCGGGCCGUGCUGGCCGCGCUGGGCGACCUGCCGGGCUUGUGACACGGCGGGGGUGGGGGGCGGGGGGCUGGGACCCCGGGAGGAGGGGGAUUUGGGGGGCUGGGACCCCGGGGUGGGGG